CCAUUGUGAAUAGUAGACUCGUUCUCUGUAAAUAUUUGUCAAUCUCCAUUACUUGUUACAUUGUAUUAUUUUUAUAGAACAGUAAAAUCCUAAUUGAUACAUUGGAUUCGGCAAAUAAAAAAAAAUUGCAACAAACUAAGCUGCGAAUCAGUAAUGACCACAAGAUGGCGCACCUAGACUUUUUUUUUUUUCCUUUCUAUAUUUCUUUUUUUUUUUUCCUUCUUUGCCCUAGAUGGGGCUGACUUUUUUUUGGGUGAGAUUUAGUGAUCCAAUGUGGUCAGUGCAGAGGAAUCACCUGCGACUAAGAGAGUCUCCUAUAAGAUAUAUAUAAUGUUAUUAUAUAGAAUUCUGCUGAGCCUGAGCUUGUAUACAAGCUGUCAAGCAUAUGAACCUACGGCCCAUCAGAAGAGGAGAGUGGAGCGGUCCGUGGAGAACACUCCGGAGCCUGUCGAUUGUGUCCUCUCCGGAUGGACCCCCUGGAGCUCAUGUGACCCCUGUCAAAAAAAGAGAUACCGAUAUACACAGAUGAGCCAAGUCCCGCAGUUCCAGGGCGACCCUUGCUAUGUAAUAGACAGGCAGGAGGAGAGCUGCAGUACCAGCGCCAUUUGUAGGAACACGAAGAGGUGCGAAGGCUUCCAGUGUGUAGAGUCUGGAAAAUGCAUCACACGUCGUCUGCUCUGUAAUGGGGAUGAUGACUGCGGGGACAUGUCGGAUGAGAAGAACUGUAAGGUGGUCCGGAGUCCGUGCACCGAUGAGAUGGAGCAAUACUGGGGUAUCGAGAACCUGGCGGCGGGAUUGAAUCUCUUUACCAAUAACCGGGAAGGUUUGGUAUUAGAUCACCGGUAUUACGCCGGUGGCUGCUCGCCCCAUUACAUCCUGGGGACAAGGUUUAGGAAGCCGUACAAUGUGGAAAGUUUUAUCCCUGAAGGCAAAGGCAAAUACGAGUUUUCUCUUUCCCAAUAUAAUUCGUACUCAGACUUUUCCAGGAAUUAUUCCACCGCUCACGCCAAGCAGUCAAGCUUCAGCAUCGGCUUCAAGGUCCCGGGUGUGUUCGAAUUCGGGUUCAGCUAUAGUGAUAUGAAAUUCAAAACAUACGUGGAAAGGACCAUGAGAUAUUCCCAAACGAACAGUUUGUUUAUCCACGCGCGAUCCGACCUAGAAGUGGCGCGGUACAAACUCAAAGCCCGUAACCUGAUGCUUCACUCAGAGUUUUUCCAGAGAGUCAAGCAGUUACCGAUGGAAUAUGUGUGCGGAGAAUACAGGGACCUCUACCGGGACUAUGGGACACAUUUCAUUACGGAGGCCUCUCUGGGCGGAGUCUACGAGUAUACGCUAAUUCUUAAGGAAGAAGCGGUAAAAAAUGAAGGUUAUUCGCUCAAUGAUGUGAAGUCUUGCAUGAGCGCCGGGUUCUCACUUGGCGGAAAUAUCUGUGGCGUUUGGGUUGGUGUCGGCAUGACGGAUUCUCAGUGCAACAAACUCCUGAAGGAAAUCGGAGAGAACACAUCGUCUCGUACAGUAGUGGAAGACUUUGUCGCUCUGGUAAGGGGCGGGUCUAGUGAACAUGUGACCUCGCUCGCUUACAAGAGCCUGCCGACUCCAGAGCUCAUGCAGGAAUGGGGCGACGCUGUACAGUACAACCCAGAGAUCAUAAAAAUCAAGGUCAGCCCUUUGUACGAGCUCGUGACCGCCACAGAUUUCAUUGGUGCGAACACCUUACAAGAGAACAUGAAGCGUGCCUUGGAGGAAUUCGAGACAGAGACCAGUUCCUGCCGCUGCACACCGUGUCGGAACAAUGGCAUCGCAGUGUUCACCGAAAAUCGAUGUGAAUGUGUUUGUCCAUCAGGGUUCAAAGGAUCAGCUUGUGAAAGCAGCGCGAGGCCGGCUCCCAAAAUAGAUGGAAAUUGGAGCUGCUGGUCAAGCUGGACAACGUGUUCGGGGAGAACUCAGAGGAGAGAACGUCAGUGCAAUAACCCCGCCCCACAAAAUGGAGGCCGGCCGUGUGAAGGAGCCGCUACUGAUACGAGGAGCUGUUAAAGAAUAUCUAUUACUACAGUGUUCUGAAUCUGACUAUAGAAGGCAAGGAGGAGGGGGAGGAGGAAGAAGCAGCUGCAGUCUCUUUGUCUGUGAGAGGGGGGAGGGAGCAGAAAAAAGAAUCCUUACAAUGUGUUUUUAUUCUCCUUCUUUUUAUGUUAUAGUGAAAUAAAAUAUUACA